AUGGUUCGAUUAAAACUUCCUCAGCAAAAUGAUGUUAUAAAUCAUUUGAUUCGAGUUUGGGGACUUUCGGCAAAAGUUAGCAAACACGUUUUUUCAUUAUCUAUUAAUAGGUUAGAUGGGUAUUCUAAACUUCAAAAAAUGUUGAAUAAAGAACUUAAUGCAUUAAUAGAGUUAUUUCCCGAUAGCUUUCAGAAUCUCCCGAAUCUUCAUGUAAAUCGGCACCUGGUAGACCAUGCACGUCAGUAUGCAACAUGUAUUAACACAGCAGUUGGAAUAAAAGAAAUGAUACAUAGAAUUUUUAAGUCAAUUGUACCACAUACGAACAAACACAAUCUUGAACUUACACUACUACGGCAAGUUAAUACAUUACAAACACUGAGAUAUUUAGCGGAUGGGGGAAUAGAUGACCGUAUAAGCAACAUGUCACAACAAUUAACAUUUAAAGAAUUAAUUGUCGAACCACAAUUACGUCACUUACUGUCUGGUUGGUGUAUUGAUGAUAAUUUUUCAAUGCACUUAUCAAAAGAAUAUGAACAAGAUAAUUUCACUGAUACUCAUAGCUUUUCACACUUCAAUUGCUCCGAAAUAAAAUUUGGUGUAAGAUGGGAUAAGUAUAAAAUAGAAAAUGCUGGAUUUAUUUCCACUGACCUCGAAAAUAAUGGACUUUUAGAAAGUAUUAUGCAUGCAUAUUCUUCUUACUUUUCUAUGGAACAAUCAUUAUUAAAGACAAAAUUUCGAUAUUAUCAGAGCGUUUCAUAUUCUGUAAUUGAUUCUAAUGGUGACUAUCAAUACGUAAAAUUUCGUGUCGGUGAGGUUGUUGAAACUACUCUGUUUGAUGUUGGGCAGGCUGCAUUUGGAAUGGCUAAAGGGAUAAUUGAACAUAUAUGGAAUGAUGAUCAAGCUUACGUGUUUGUUUACUUAGAAUGGAUGAAAUACCUCAGAAAACUUGACGACUUAUUAGGCUGUUCUCUUUAUCAACUCCAAAGUACUUGUAAUAAUUCCUGGAAUCGAAUUCAUCCAAUUUCCAUCGUAUCAAGGUCACCGGAUGUCCUAUUCAUUCAUAAUUGUCAAUCAAGAUGUUCUCCACAGCGGCAUGACUUUAUGAAUCGUGCUACGGCGAGUCACGUGAUCGAAUUUAGCCAAUCGGGAUAUGGUCAAGGUCACGGUAUCACAAGUUCACGAUUCAGGGUUGGAUUACUAAUACAAUGUGUACGAAAGUCACAGGGACAAGAAAAAUACGAAAUCGACGAACGAUUUGUAACCGAAAGGGUACAACGGUUUUUACACAAACACUUCUACUCUAAUUUCGAAGGUUAUGGAACUCAAGGGUUAUUUUUAUUCUUAGGAUAUGUUUUUUUGAACUCACUUCGUUCCCUUUAUUUUCAGCAAGAAUCUGAAGCUGUAAAAGUUUAUGCUGAAUUUGUAGCUUCAUUUGAAAAAGACGGAAGAGUUGGAAGAACCCUUGUUAAAUGUGAGAUUAUUGUACCUAAGUGUGAGUUCAUUUUCCUAGAACAAUUUACUACUUGCUAUGUAAUGUCUUAUGCUUCGACUACUCCACCAAAAUUAUAUAAGCCACAAGCCUUCGUUCCUGCAUCAGCAACUAAUAAACAAGAAUCGAACAACGAACUGAUACAGGAGGGAGCACAGAAAAAAAUGAGUGAAGAAGAAAUAGAAGAUCGACAGAGGCAAAUCAUGCAAAAUUGGCCGGUGCUGGUGUUUUCAUUAAAAACUAUUGGUAGCAAUCAUUUAUCUACAACAUUACCCUUACGUGAUAAUAUUUCUAAUGCUACUAAUUACGCACCAGAAAUUGAAUCAAAUAAAGCAUUAGAAUUAAGAAAAAGUGGUGAAACUUAUCGUAUUAUGGGCAAAUAUAAAGAGUCACUUGUAGACUUGACUAAAUCAUUAGAUAUUGAACCAAAUAAUGCGUUUGCGCUGAAAAAUCGUGGAGUUACUUAUUAUAAAAUGUCAAAACUUAAAGAAUCACUUGCUGAUUUAAAUAAAUCGUUGGAAAUUGAACCGGAUGAUGCAUUUGCAUUACGCGGUCGAGGAGAUACCUAUC